AUGCCUCCGGCCGCUCCCCGCGCGCCGCCCCGCAGCCUGUCCCGCCUGCGCCAGUGCCCGGGCCGCUCCCGCGUGGUGCUGGCGCUCGGGGCCACGCAGAUGGCGCUCGGCUGCCUCAUCGUGGCCGUGAGCUUCGCCGCGCUGGCGCUCACCACCUCGGCCCGCGUGCGCCACUCCUGCCCCUUCUGGGCCGGCUUCUCGGUGCUGCUGUCUGGACUCAUCGGCGUCGUCUCCUGGAAAAGGCCUCUCUCUCUGGUGAUAACGUUUUUCAUGCUGCUCUCUGCCGUGUGUGUGAUGCUGAAUUUGGCUGGUUCGAUUCUCUCCUGUCAGAACGCUCAGCUAGUCAGCUCCUUGGAAGGCUGUCAACUGAUUAAGUUCGACAGUGUCGAGGUGUGUGUCUGCUGCGAGACUCAGCGCCGGUCCACCGGCUGCAGCAACCUGGGGGAGACGCUGAAGCUGAACCCGCUGCAGGAGGACUGCAACGCCGUGCGCCUGACGCUCAAGGACCUCCUCUUCAGCGUGUGCGCCCUCAACGUCCUCGCCACCAUCGUGUGUGCGUUGGCCACGGCCAUGUGCUGCAUGCAGAUGGUGUCCUCCGAUGUCCUGCGCAUGUUCCUUCCACAGAGGGCACACUCCACCAGCCCUGCCUGCCUGACCCCCCAUGGCACCGUUCUCCACCAGACCCUGGACUUCGAUGAGUUCAUCCCCCCUCUGCCCCCUCCCCCGUACUACCCUCCCGAGUACACCUGCACACCCACGGCCGAGGCCCACAGGGGCCUCCACCUGGACUUCGCUCCCUCUCCGUUCAGCACUUUGUAUGAUGUUGCCAUCAACAGCCCGGGCCUGCUCUACCCCGCUGAGCUCCCCCCGCCGUACGAGGCCGUGGUGGGCCCGACCCCGGCCAGCCAGCUCCCGAGUACCAACCAGCAGGCGGCCGACACCAGCACCCAGGACCCAGACGGCAUUGCUGGCCAAGGCACACAAGCACCUGCCGACAGCACGAGCCUCCCAGCCUCCGAGGGUGUCACCGCGCCGGGCCCAAGCCACCUGUCCCCCGAUGGCUCUAUGGGUGCCCAGCCACCGGACCCUCGCCCCAGCCUCACAGCCCCAAAGGGCCCCAGCCAGGGCACAGGGGCACGUCAGGGUCCUGGCCGCGUGGCCCGCUCCACCAGUGACCCCACCUCAUGCUCGUCCAGGACAGCAGUUUCGCGGUCUCGCUCCAUCACAGCUGCCUGUGCCCACCGGCUCCCGCCUUCCCCGCCCGGGGCGCCGGACUCCCGGAAGCUCCAGCGGCAGGCAGAGCCAGAGGCCUUGCGGCUGGUCUUCGGUGAGCACCUGUUCGCGGACCGCAAGACCUACACGGACGCCAGGGCUCUGGUGGCCAAGCUCCUGGAGCACUCCAGCCGGCCGCUGCCUCCCGAGGUGCGGCACGCGGCGGGCGCCAUCCGCUCCGCGGUCCCCUCGGAGGAGAGCCAGGUGGACCAGGUGUGA